GAGCAAUAGUCCGCGACCGCGCGCUGCCAGACCACGCUGUCUUCCAACUGCCUGCGACCGCCCCGCCCACUGCCGCUCGGGUACCGCGACGACCCGGGUCGGAUAUCGCCGCUUCAAUAAAUUCCUCCACCGCCCGAACCCCCCAGCGACAUCGCACCCUCUCCCUCCGCCGCCACCCAGAAUGCCCGCCUCGAGAUCAGUCGCCGCCGGCCUGGCAUGUCUGCCGACCGUAGCUUGCCGGAGCCUACAGCCUGGUCGCGUGCAAAUGAAGACGGCCAGUCUUGCAUCGUCAUUCGCAGCCCAGUCCAAGCCCAGCUCCGUGCCUCGGUGGGCAUGGGCAGUGACCCCCGCUCGGCGCGCCUUCACAACCACGACGCCAAGGCGGCACGGGCAUAUCGAGCCGCCGAAACCCGGCCAAGAGCUCUACGUCACAUUCAUCGAAAAGGACGGAAUGGAGCACAAGUUUGCCGUUUCCGAAGGCGACAACCUGCUCGACAUUGCGCAGGCCAACGACCUCGAGAUGGAGGGCGCGUGCGGCGGCUCCUGUGCCUGCUCGACGUGUCACGUCAUCGUUGUAGACGAGGACAAGUACGACAAGAUGCCCGAGCCCGAAGAUGACGAGAACGACAUGCUGGACCUUGCCUUUGGCCUCACGGAGACGAGCCGGCUGGGGUGCCAGGUCAAGAUGACAAAGGAGCUCGACGGCCUUGUCGUCAAGCUGCCGUCCAUGACGAGGAACCUGCAAGCAAGCGACUUCCAAUGAGAGGAGAAGCCUGCCGGAGUGAGGAGGCAAAGGCGCCGAGCGGGCGGCGCAGCUGUUCAGUCUAAACUUGUACACUACCAAAACGCGCAUAGAAGGCGGGGGAAAAGCCCAUGGGUCACCGGGAGGAGCGUCAUUGGGGGUAUCUUGAAUGCAUUUACAGGUGAUGGAGCCCUAAUGAAUACCUCAUCUCUCUUCCUAC